UUCCGAAAUAUACUCGUUCGAGUGCAGCGAAACUCAAACGGUGGGUACCUUCCUAAUUGUCCUUAACUUUCCCCUCCUUUCUAACUGACCCACUCCCCCUCUCCCUCCUCCUCCCACUGCUUUAUCCUCUGACCUGCCUGCUCGUUCUUGGCCGUCGUUUGCAUCCUCAACUUCAACACUGCCUUGUUAGUAGAAACCCAUUAAACGAAACUACAUACUAAGAGAUUGACGUUACAUGCAAAGAUUGAAGCGAGAAAAUUAGACACAUACAUCAAUAAUCAUCAACAUAUCAUGUUAUGCACACAAUUACUUAUUAUAAUUCGUCAUGUGAUAGAAUACAUAUCAAAAACAACAAUACACAUAUGAGUAAAAUGUAAAAGUCACGAGUGGAGUGAGUGAAAUAUGAGGUUCAUAUCCUUGGGAUAUAGAAAAGUGAAAGCAGUUCAAUGUUACAUAUUCCUUCUCAUUUGGCUUAUCAUUGUUUCAAUCGGAUUCUACUGGUUUCUUAACCGAAGCGGAAAUGAACAACUUGCAGCAGGUCUCACCCAAUCUUAUCAAGAUAGUGGAGAAAACAAUAACGGUGGCCAGGUGAAAGACAUAUCAAAAACUGGCUUGGAUGAUGGUGGUGCCUUGUUCACAGUCAAUAAACAAGUGCAUCCUCAUGAAAAUGUAUCAAGUACAAAAUUACAUGAAAAAGCUCAGCAGAACAGUGAAAACAUCGUGCGUCGACUAUGCAACCCGAUACAUGCAAUCAAGGCCAAGGAAGAAAAUGUACAACAUCCUGACUUUAAAUUGGAGGGAGUUAUUAUUUUGCUCAGACACGGCGAUCGAGGCCCACUAACACACAUUGGACAUCGCAAUGUUUCACAUAUCAACUGUGAGGCAAAAAGUUCAGCGUUUGAACAACUGACAAAAUUUGCAACCGACACGGUGAAAUUUCCGGGUUACUCGCAGUUUAUUGGACCAUUUCAUAGCUUUCAAAAGGUACCGUUGAGUCCUUUCUGCAGUCUGGGCCAGCUUACUCAAAUUGGAUCUGCCCAACUUUUGACCCUAGGCAAAUUAAUUCGAUCGAUAUACAAGCCUAGCUUGGUCAAUGUCACGUCUUUCAACGAUCACGACAUUUCACAACCCUUCAAAGUGGUGGCUUACUCAACCAGAUAUCGCAGGACGUUUCAAAGUUUGUUUGCUUUCUUGUAUGGUCUACUGGGUCCGAGACAUUUGAUUCAAAGCACAACAAUUUAUGAAAGUCAGAGCAUAACUUUUUGCUUCAAACAUUGCUCAUGUAAAGCUGUUGAUCGCCUCAAAAAAGUUGCCAACAAGAAAUUUAGCCCUAAAAACAAUGUAAAAGCAAUCAUGGCUGAAUUGGUCAGUAAACUUAAUUCGGUGCUUGGGACAGAAAAAUCCAAGAAAACGGGUAAUUCUCUCCUGGAUUCAUUGCUAGUCUACCCGUGUCAUAAUAUUGAGCUUCCAUGUCAUCAUAAUAAUCACAAGGAUACCAAAGUUCAACUUUUGUUCAAAACUAUUAAAAACCUCUCAUUGUAUAAUCACUACCACCCUCCUCCAAAUCCAACUUCCUCGUCAUCAUGUAUCACAAAUUCCAACUUGGAAAAUCUUGUCGAGUUAAUUAAUCAAGAAAACAAGGGUUUAAAGCAAGUUCCCGAAAGUCGCAAGUACCAUUUACUCAAUUCCUACGGAUUGUUGAAGGAAAUUGUUAAUCUCGCCUUGAGGAUGACAACACCUCCUCCUCCUCCCCAAUCAUCGGAGGCCUGGAGAAAGCACCAGCAAACCCCGAUGUUUGCCCCUGACUCGGCUUUCACCUCUUUUACGAACAGUAACAACCGAAAUUUCGUCCGCGGAGGUGGGGACGGGGGCAGCAAGCCGUCAAGAAUCGUCAUAUUUUCUGGUCAUGAUACAACUUUACAGAGCAUAUCUGCAGCAUUGGGAAUACUCGAAGGAAGCCAGGAUAUUCAUCUCCCACCCUUUGGAAGUCGCCUAAUUUUCGAGUUCUAUAGAAGGACCCAGGUUGACUCCAAUUCACCUCGGAAGCUCUACUUUCGGGUGGUGUUCAACGGAGUGGCGGUGACACAUUUAGUCAGUUUUUGUAGGGAGUCCGAGAAUUAUGGGACAACCAACAGUGAUACGAAUAAGACAGCGAAAAAAUUCAGUAAUCUUAAGAAUAAGUUGAAUAACAGUUCCUCUUUUUGCCCAGUAGAGAAUCUAGUAAAAUAUAUUCACGACACUUAUUUUGACUCAUUUGACAAUGCAACUAAUUUUAAGGACGCCUGCAAAAGAUUGUAAUAUUUUUACUGCCAUUAUUUCCCGUUAAUCAUCAGGAAUAGCAAGUUAGGUUCAGAAAAGUGCAAUUGUGGGAAAGACACACACAUAUCAAAGAGAUGCUCGAAACUUUCAGCGUAAACGAUACAUAUCAUGUAACGGAAAACUAAUAAAUGUUGUUCUUAUGAACAAUCAACUUCAAUGAAUAUUUAUCAUAAGUAAUUAAAUGUUAAGUAGGAAAUUAAAUUACAUCACACAUUAAAUCUGUUUAAUAUAUAAUUAUAAUUCACUAAAUAUGAAUUGUGAUUUGUAUUUUUACUUUGAAUAAAGUAUCGAAUAUUCGUAGUUGAGAAGCAGCACACAGUUUUAACUUGAUAACCCAGAAUAAAAUAAUAAGCAAUUUAAUACAAUUCUCGGCAAUUUUGUUCGAGUUUUGCAUUUUUUCGAGUAAACAAUUUGCUUAAUUUUAAUACAAAUUAUGUAAAUGCGCGUGUGGGUGACAAUUUUUUAUGUUUUUGCGUUGAUACAUUGAAUUGGAAUUAUAAUAUAUAAGAGUGGCAUGUUUGAUUGCAUGAAAGGCAGGCAAGGAAUUUGGUUUAAGGAGAAUUUUAUGGUCCUUUUAUUGAAUUCGCAUCAAUUGGAGUCUAGUAAUAACAGUUAUAUUUGAUUUUACUACAUACUAUUUUGCUGGUCUUCGUAUUCCUAUUGACUGAUGCUGCUGAACGAGGAAAGUAAAUUCGAUUGUGGUGGCAUGUCUGAAGAACAAUUGUCUAUACUAAAGUAGGUACUUACUAUAUGAUUAUCAUAUUCUCAUACUCAUGAUCACAAUAUACAUACAUAUAACAUAACUAUUGUCGCGUGUGAUUUAGAUAACAAUAUACUAUACAUAUACAUGUACUUUCCGAACACAUGCUAAAUUUCUUCCCUGGAAAUGACUGAAUUGAACUCUAAUAGAGUUCGGCAAUUGGCAUUACAUUAAAAUCUUCAAAACAUAACUGGGAUUAGUACAACAAAAUACACUGAACAAAUGUAUACAUAACAGUAAACAAAAAUAUUUGAUCGUUCUAAUUUAUUACAAACAGUUAAUUUAGUCCGGGUCAUACAAAUGACUAAGAUGAGAAU